AAAUUUUUUAGGCAAGAUUAUCUUGUUGGGUAUGGAGCCAAUUUAACAAACGUGGUGGUAAAAACAGUCAAGAUAUCUAAAACCUUGCUAGCCAAGUGUGAUUUCCUCACACAGGGAAAGUCAGGCUUUGAUCAAGUUGUUCGAUUAGUGAUUAUACACACUUCCCAUCAUCGAUUUAUAAUUCUUUAUGAGAAUUAUUUACAUUUAUGGCAUUUGGCAGACAUCCUUAUCCAGAGUUACUUACAUUUUCUCAUUUAUACAACUGAUGAGGGAUUAUACAAGCAGUUGAAGGUUAAGGACCUUGCUUAAGGGCACAGCAGUGACAGCUUGGCAGUGCUGGGAUUUGAAUUCACAACUUUCCAAUCAGUAGCCCAAUGUUUUAAGCACUGAGCUACCCCUGCCCUUAUCUCUUUAAUAAUUAUUAAUUAUAAUACUAAUUAUAUAAUUAUAAUUCUUACCACUUUAAGCAUUAUAUGUCUUAAAGUGUCACUAAUGGUGUGUUGCUUUUUAACCUAAGUAGAUUAGGUUACAAAUGUAGAGGUAAACGGCCAUUUCCUUGCGGCAGCCUGUUAUCUCAAUAUAAUAUCAAAACGGGUUGAGAUAAUUCCAACUGUGAAUUUAAGGACUCAUGAAAUUGUUUAUAUAUCUCUAAAGAUAGACAUACUUUUCAUGGACAUAUGUAUAAUUAGUAAUAUUAUUUUUAUAUAUUUAAAAAAUAGAAUUUUAAAUGUGAUUUUGUCCCUUUUUUGGCGGUAACAAGACUUUAAAAUGCUGGAACCUUACUUAUGGUUAAAUUAUUGCAAAACAGAAAGAUAUUUCCUUUAAGGAAAGCCUAUAGUUUACACAACUACGUGUUGCAGAAGAUCUGAAAAUUCUCAAAAUCAUGUGAAGGGUUUUCCCAGGCCACCACACAUUUUUGGUUGUCUUGUGAGUACUAACACUGAUGGGCUAUAUUGCUUCAGAUGUGUAGCUUAAAUCUCUGAGUCAAAAUAAUAUUGUCUUGAGUCACAUUAAAUGAGUGUAGCCAAAUAGCUGCUCUAGUUAAGCUCUCUAAUAUCACUGUCAAUUAUCUUUCACCAAGGAAGCCAAAAACCGUGACUAUGAUUUAAAUAUGAUUAUUGUGCAGCUCUGUUUUCCAUGUAAUUUUGUAUAAUUUGUCUAUUUCAUCUACCUCACCAUAAUUCUACCUCAUGCCAUGCAAUUCUGCACAUUUUUAUUAACCUCAUUUAAGGCACAGUCAUACUGUUUUGCAGUAAACAUUAAAAAAAAAAACAUACCACAGUGCAUUUUCAGUAUAGUGCUUUUACAAAUUGCCUGUCUAAUGCAGAGAUAGAUUUUAUUUUACAUUAAUGAAAUCAAGGAAAAUUCUCGAUUGAGAACCUUGACAGAAAGCAAAGGCACAGUGUCAAUGCAUCUCUCAAGCGGAAAAAUCGAGUGGUGAUGAAAGCACCGGCCAAAACAUUACUUAUGUUAAGACGGGGGGAAAGAACAGGCUGUGAGGAGGUGUCAGUUAAAAACACCUGAGAGUUCAAAACACCUACACAAAUCAUUGCAGAUGCAUUUCUCAUGUUCUCAUCUGAUAUUUUAUUGCAGAGUCAGCAUAUUUUAAGUCAGCUCUUCCAGCUUAUUUUUGCAUGAUACCUCAUACCAGCAUAAUUCGAUGUUAAAAUUCUGAACUGCGUGAAGGUCGGCAGGUCUGUUAUAUACUGUUUCCCAAGUCUGCUACUGAAGUCAUCAUGUAAUGCACAUUUUAGUGUUUCCCUGGUUUUCCACAUCGAUUUUAACUGCAUGAAGAUUUUGUUAAUGGGCUGAUGAGUUGAGUCAUGUAUUAGAGCAGAAAAACACUGGUUAAGGUUUUGUGUUAGUGACCAGAAGGAUGUGAGUUCAAAUCCUAGGACUCCUAGAAAGCCUCCGCUGUGCGUCUAAGCAAAAUCUUUAACCCUCAGCUGCUUGGUUCUCUGUUUGGAUUGGCUUCAGCCUCACUCGGUGGUCACUUUGCAUAAAAGGAUUUGCUAAGUGAACAAAAUAGAAAACUUGUGGUAGCGUACCUGGAGAGGUUCUUAAAUGUGGUUACACAGAUAUUACAUAACACAUAAACGCAUGGUGUCUAUAAAUGUAAUAACUGUAUACACUGUAAAGUCUGUUUACUGUACAGUCAACGACAGAAUUAUUGGCACCUUUCCUAGAAAUGUGCAAAAGUAAUUGAUUAAUUAAUAACUUGCAAUUAGUACAUUUUAUUUUUGACAUAAUAUUUGUUUAAACAUGAAGAGUAGUGCAUUUUUUCUGUUUGACACUGGUUUGAAAAUUAUUGGCACCUCUGUGUAUAUAUAUAUAUAUAUAUAUAUAUAUAUAUAUAUAUAUAUAUAUAUAUAUAUAAAACACUAUAUAUAAAAUUACUAAUUUAGUUGGUAAAGCCUCUCCUCAGCCCCCCUCCCUGCAUUCUGAGGUUUGUGCAUGAAUGACCUCUUCAAUUCUGAUUCAGAAAUUUCAAUACAAAACUGGCUACUGUAAAAGCAUGGAUUUUAUAUCCUGCAAUCAUUUAUACACAUUGUUGUAAUCGGAAGCAUGAAUAUAAAUUAAUUAGUUCACAUUUUAACCUUUAUAACAGAUGUAGGACAUUUCUAGGAAAAAGUGUGCACUAUUAGCUGAUAAAAUUUAUUAUACUGAAUAAAGCACUUUUUGACUUCACCGAAUAUACAGUGUUAAAGAUCCAUUUUGACAUUGGAAAAGGGUUUUUCUUUAAAAAUAAAACUUGCUCAUACUGUAAAGACACCCCAAUUCAUUAACCUUAAGCUGAUUCUGGUGACACAGCUUACUGUAUUAGGCCUGCUGAGCUUGAGUUUGUUACCUAUAAACUAAACUGUGAAAUUCUGAAAUUGAUCUUCGGGCUCUUCUUUGCCUCUUUACUCUUAACUGCUUUCUGUCCUAUUACUUGACUAGUGCAAGUCAGCCAUUCUGAAAGCUCUUUGGUUUUUCCUACAGUGAUGGAUGACAAAAGAAUUUUAUGUUUUACAAUUACUCCCCAGAUCAUCAGGACAUUACGGGCAACAAUGAUGUUCAGAGAGGUUGACAGCAAAGUGGGAAAAUAGAAUUGUGUUUGUAACUAUGUUAAAUAUUGUUUAGGGGUGUCAAUAAUUUUGCCAGAAAAAGAAAUAUGUAUGAGGAUGUGAGAGAUUUUUGCUAAAACCGAGUAGUUUUUCCAAGUUUUCAAGGGGAUUUAAAUCACUGUGUGUAAUUUUUUUAUACAAUCAUUUUUCUCUCUUUAAUAAAGGCUGCCAAUAAUUCUGGAGAUAAGUGUAUAUAUUUGUAUAGUAGAGAGAUCUAUUGUCUUAUUUCUAUGUGUGUACGUGUUACAUAUAUAAGCUGCAGACUAUGAACUCUGACUGUAACAAUGUGUUUAUAUAUAGAAAAAUAAUAGUUGUUAAGGGAAACAAUAACAUCUAUUUCAGUGACACGGUUUAGGCUGGAAAACACACAGAAGAUGUCUGCAAUAAAUGUUCCCUCCCAUCAGUGAUGUCACUACAGGAGUGUCUUUUUAUUGCUUUUUCUUUACCUGCGUCACCUGAGCUGGUCUAACUGCAGUAACAGUUUAGAGUGAUACCUCAAUUGUACAGGGAAUUUUUUAUUUAAUUGCCAUCAUGUUUGUUGGUUGGAAAGGAGAGGAUGAUGACACUGAACCUAUGGACACUUCUGACUAUCCUCGCUACUGGUUGUAUCAGGCAGAGUGUGGCAUUUGGCACAGAACUGAGGUAUUGUCUCAUUUCAUUACUAUACCAACACUCUUUCCUACAUGCUUUCAUAAAACAGGUUUUCCUUUACAGGAUGAUCCAGUGAACCCCAUCAGCAGCUCAGAACUGGAAAUGCGUUACAUUAAAAACCCAUGUGGAAUUAUUAACAUCAGCACAGCAGGAGGCAACUUCAAAAUUGAUUUUGGGGAGUACCUGAAGACCAACCUAAGGACAGGACAGACACAAAAAUUAAAACGCUCUUUAUCCACUGAAUCCACUGUUCUCAGAUGCAAAUGUGCAGUCCAGGCUCCAUCUGUACCUGCUCACUGGGAGAGCAUGGACCCUAAAACACCUUUUAAGACUUUUACUGUGAACCGGCAAACAAGAGAGUUUAAGGAAGUGGAGAGAUAUGUGCGAGAAAUUGGUCUACUGCAAGAACCCCUGAAAGCUAUCUACAGAAUACAGAAUUUUGACCUCUGGGAGCUGUACUGCAAGAAAAAAUCCCAGCUGAUGAGGAUAAAAGGUCAGUCAGACAUUGAAGAACGAUGGCUCUUCCAUGGCACAGGCAAACACAAUGUGCAUAAUAUUUGCUUGUACAAUUUUGACUGCAGAAUAUCCGAGUCAAGAAGACAUGGUCACGUCCUCGGCAAAGGUACAUACUUUGCCUUACAUGCAGCGCAUGCAGACAAGUACAGCAAGGCUCAAAGCCAGGAAGUAAACAACACACGAAUAAUAUUCCUUGCACGUGUGAUUGUUGGGAAGUACACAACUGGACAACAAAAUCUCUGCAAACCUGAUGGUGACCAAAUUGAAAAUAUACAUGAUAGCUGUGUUGACAAUACUUUAUAUCCUAGGAUUUUUGUUGUCUUUAAUUCUAACCAGAUAUAUCCUGCGUACGUGCUGGAGUAUGGUGGGUAA